AUGCGGCUCUCCCUUGCCGUCUUCGGCGCUCUGGCGGCGGCGUCCCACGCAGCGGCGUACACGGUCGCCAUCAAGGACACGGACGACUACCGCGAGGUCUGCAACGGCAUGUAUGGCGGCGACAAGGCGUACAUUGAGGUCGCGUUUGACUCUGGCUCCGAUGGACAGGUCGCGCUCGUUAUCUACGAGUGGACGGAUGUCGACUAUCUCGGCGUCGCGACCCCCGGGACGGAGGAGGAUGCCUUUGGUUACCGUCCUAAGACGUACAUCUGUACGAGCUCGGCAGUGACCUCGGGUCUCUGCAAGACUGCGGAGCUUGGUUCGUUCAUCGUCAACACCCCAGAGGGAGUGAACGCAACUUCAGUGUACACUACCCCGCUUCGCUUUGACGGCUCGAGUUCGAGCGGUGACUCUGCGACGACCACGACCUCGGCCGAUAUUGUUGAGGCUACUGGUAGCACCGACACUGCAGCCGUCGACGAAGGCGACGACUUUGCCGAGGGUAGCCCCAGGCGUAAGCGCGCUGGUGCGCCGGCACUCGCCGACUCUGAGAGCGCCGACGAGGACGACCCCGAGUCCGACGCUACAGACUCCAGCCUCGAUGAGCCAGACUUUACGGAAGCCGAGGAUGUGGACGGCACUACGCACGCUGCCGCUGCUGCUCUGGAUGAAGAGCCCACCACAACCACCGAUGCCGCUGAGAACGAGGCCGACGUUCCUCUCUACAGCGCACCGAUCCACUACAACGUGCCCCACACUGGCUACUACUGUGUCGGCGUUGUGCCCGUGACGCUGCGUAGCCAGCGGUCUGAGAUCCCGACGGUGAUCGAGCGAACGCUCGAGGUUCGUGACUCUGCUGUCCACGCCGCGUAUUCGGGCGCCGUGACGUUCAAGAACCAGUUCACCGGCGAGCUUUCUGCUGCCGAGUACCCCAAGAUUAUGUUCUACGCCGUGCUCUCGGUCGUGUAUAUCCUUCUUGCCGCAGGCUGGGCCUUCCUUUGCUACCGACACUUCCGCGAGCUCCUCCCGACCCAGUACUACAUCUCCGGUACCAUUCUCUUCCUCAACGUCGAGAUGCUGGCCCUGUUUGCCUACUACCGCUACAUCAACAAGCACGGCGGCGGUGCCGGUUCGCUCGCCUUCCUUAUCGUCAUCUCCAUCCUCAACGCCGCUCGCAACUCACUCUCCUUCUUCCUCCUGCUCAUCGUUUGUAUGGGCCUCUCCGUGGUCACCCCUUCUCUUGGCGCGGUUAUGAACCGUGUCCGCCUCCUGACGGGUUUCCACUUUAUCUUUGGCGUCAUGUACGCGGUCGGAACUGUCAAGCUCGACAUUGACACCGCUUCCCUCUUCCUUGUCCUUGGCAUCAUCUUCCCUCUCGCCAUGACCCUUACCGCCUUCCUCAUGUGGAUCAUCAUCAGCCUCAACGGGACGAUUCUCCACCUGCAGCAGCGCAAGCAAAACUUCAAGCUGCAAAUGUUCCAGCGGCUGUGGCGUAUCCUCAUCAUGUCCGUCAUCGCCGUUGGCGGCUUCUUUGUUCUGUCGUCCAUCUCGCUCUCGAACCGCCUCGACGAGGACUAUGCCCCGAACAACUGGCGCUUCCGCUGGGUGCUGCUGGACGCGUCCCUUGCACUCAUCUAUCUCUCGGCCUUUACCGCCAUUUCGUGGCUGUGGCGCCCGACUGAGAACAAUGUGCGCUUCGCCAUGUCCCAGGAGCUGGCGCAGGACGAGGCCGACGCCGAGGACUACGAGAUCCACUCGCUCGAGCAGCCGCGCGAGCCCCUGGGCCUGGAGCCCGAGGAUGGCCGUAUCCGCCUGCACGGUGACGACGACAGCGACGACGACGACGGACCCAACAAGGGCCGCUUCCAGGGCGGCCAGGUGCACGAUGACAACGUCGUCUUCUCCAUGGGCGACGACAGCGACGACGAGGAAGCAGCUGCACCGGCGGCGCCCAACACGGCGUCCCGCCGCUCGAGCCGCAGUGACGGCUCGCGGAGCAGUGGCGAAGGCCGCCGUCUCCUUGCCUCGGGCAAGAAAUCAGAUUGA